AUGACUACCCGAGACGCUGCUACAAUUGCUCCUUCCCGACGACGACCCUCCGUCUCGUUCAGAACCCGACCCCGGACGGCCACGACUUCCGGUGCCCUGCCACCGGGCUUGGAACAUCAGGAAUGGGACGGGCUGGCUUUUGCGGAGGAGUGCCAUGAACAGGAGGAGGACCAGGUGCCGGAUGAUACAAGUCAAUCUGCAGAGGCAGUUCCACGUCGGCGGCCCUCGAGAAGCUUUUCCAAUCUGCGCCAUCCCGUGGAUGGAUUGCGCGCCCUGGGCCGCCGCCUGUCUGUCACCAUCCGCAACAAGUCGUCCAAACAAACACUACAAUCGCAACUUGACGACACGCAUAUCGACAACGGCGGUCGGUCGUAUCAUUUCUCGAGUGGUAGCUGGGAUGCGCGGUCGAGGAAUCCGUCUUUCAAAUACAGCAUCAAUCGUCGACCAUCGCUCAACAGUGUCUCUGCUUUGCAUAGUUUCUACGCCCCGACCGCAUCUGUCCCUGCCCCAAUUCCCGGUCAUGGACUCGAACCACCGAUUCUACCCAAUGACAUGGGCGCAGGUUCGGCCGCCCGCGCGGCGGCGGCUGCUCAGAAUGAAAUGGCAAGAGUGGAGCGCGAUGCUGUCAAAUCGCGGGAUGCAAAAAUCACACUGGACUCGGAGAGUGGCAUUGGAAUCGAUUUGCGCGAUCGCACAGAUGGUUCCGAGACGGAAUUGGCGGUCGUACGUCUCGACCCCGUGCGACAUCUGCCCUCGGAGAUCACGUCGCAAGUCCUGUCGUAUCUUGACCCGAAGUCGCUCAUGCAGGCGGAAUUAGUUUCCCAUGCUUGGAAUGAACAGGCCGUCUCACGACACGUUUGGAGACAUGUUUUCCGUCGCGCUUACAGACACCGUCGACCCAGUGCCACUUCGUCUAAGAAGAAACAAUCGGCUGGUCUUGGAAAGACCUUGCCAAACCAGGAUUGGAAGAGAAUGUUCCUUGUCCGGCGUGCAUUAGAACAUCGAUGGAAGGAGGGCAAGGCAGCUGCGAUUUAUUUACAUGGGCACAAGGACAGCGUCUAUUGUGCGCAAUUUGACGAGAACAAAAUUAUCACUGGUUCCCGCGACCGUACUAUUCGCGUGUGGGAUGCUCACUAUCCUUGGCCGUGUUUGAAAAUUAUAGGCCCUCCGCCAGGGGACGUUCCUGGUAUUGGCCCCGUGAACAACCCUAUCCAACAGUCAGCGGGCAAGUCUCCGUUUCUCACUAUAUGUCCACCGUCAACCGCCUCUGCUGGAAUCGUAACCCCCAUGGAGCAACCGUCGGAUUACCAUAGCGCUUCCAUCCUGUGUCUUCAGUUCGACAAUGAGAUCAUGGUAACUGGGUCGUCCGAUUAUUCAUGCAUUGUAUGGGACAUAAAGAAUGAUUAUAAGCCGAUCCGUCGCCUAGAGGGCCAUCGGGCUGGCGUGUUGGAUGUCUGCUUUGACGACCGUUAUAUCGUUUCUUGUUCCAAGGAUACCACGAUCUGCGUCUGGGAUCGACACACCGGAGCACUUGUGAAGAAACUACUGGGCCACCGUGGACCGGUGAAUGCGGUCCAAUUACGCGGAGACCUUGUCGUAUCUGCCAGCGGUGACGGGGUUGCCAAAUUAUGGAACAUUACCUCUGGUCUUUGCGUAAAAGAGUUCCCAAGCAAGGAUCGAGGCCUGGCAUGCGUUGAAUUCAGCGAUGAUGCUCGAACUAUCCUCACUGGUGGGAAUGACCAGGUGAUCUACCAAUUCGACGCCAACUCUGGUGAGAUGGUCAACGAGCUCAAGGGCCAUGUUGGCUUGGUCCGCUCUUUGCAUCUGGACAGUCUGAACCAGCGUAUCGUGAGUGGAAGCUACGACAUGAGCGUCAAGGUUUUUGAUGUCCAGUCCGGUGAGUUGUCGAUUGACUUGCCAGGCUGGACGACUAGCUGGAUGCUCAGCGUGAAAUCAGAUUAUCGUCGUGUUGUUGCCACCAGUCAGGAUUCCCGGGCCGUUAUCAUGGACUUUGGGUAUGGAUUGGAUGGUAUUGACUUGCUCGAGGGGUGA